UGUGGGAAUAUAAACUAAAUGAUAUACUGGAAUGUUUGUGCUCGUUGUCUAGCGUUGUUUCUUUUCAAUACACUACCGUGAAGUAUGUUUUUUUGUGUAUCUUUCUAAUACUAACUACACAACUUGUACCAUUAUUCUUGAAAAAUAAACCUACAACCACCAUCAUUCUGUAACUUAUUGUAAAGAACAAAAGGGAAUACUCUGAGGAAGACAGGUGUAUGCCAUAAGCACCUGAAUGGACCACCAUGACCGAGUCUUCAACCAACCACUCUGCUGCCUUCAAUGUACUGCGCCCAGCUUGCGUGCAGCUGACUCAGGAGCAGACUGUACAAAAUGUGAAGAACUUACACACUCAGAUAUCCAAAGUGGAAGUGUCUGCUCUUCAGCCAUUGUUUGAUUACAUCCUGUUUCCUCUCCGUUUCUCUCUAAAGAUACCUGGCCCCAAGAAACCAAAUCUUGUGCAGUCUGUUUUGGAGUGUGUUUCCUAUCUUCUGUCUCACACUCAUGUGCAAAAUGAGAAAACAUUUCAGGAGUUGUUUAGCGAGAUCUGCGGCUGCAUACCCUCUAAUUCUUUGCACUCAGUGCCUGAGGAGAUGAAGUUGUCUGCAGUCUCUGCACUGAGCUCUCUCAUCCAGUCCACAAGUACGGAUGUUAUUCCUGUCUUACAUAAGCACUCUUUUCUUCCUGAGCUGGGAUAUGCCAUCUCUUUGCUAUUGCGUCUUGCAGAGCUGGAAAAGUCACGUGAAAUCCGUUUGAAGUCUUUGACUUGUCUAAAUUGUCUGCUUUUGCAGUCCAGCAAUCAAAAUGCUGAAUUGGGGGAUCUUUUUGCUUCUUUCCUUCCUGGCAUUUGUACUGUGCUUACUAGGAUUAUUAAUGGAGACCCAAAGCAAGGCUACAAAGUGACACAUUCUUCCUUGAAACUUUGGACUGGUAUUGUUAGCUUGGUGAUGUCAGAUAACAGCCUUGCACAUGUUGUGGCAAAUAAACCUGUGCCCACGGGGAUAAGUGGGAGGGUGGCAGAGCUUUUAGUACACAGGAAUGAGACAUGGGUAAAACAUACAGCAAGUCGUCUUUUUAUUCAUCUGGACAGUAUCACAGUACGGUGUACCUCUGACCCUCACUGGAAGGUGAGGAUGCAGCUAAUUGACCUUGCCCAAAUCCUUCUUACAAAUUGCAGGAAUUCCAUGGUGGAUUCAAUGGGGAAUUUACUGAAGAUCUUGGUUGGACAUAUGAAUGAUGAGAGGCCAGAAGUUAAGGCAAAGGCAAAAGAGAUUCUUCUUGAGGUAGCAGAGGAAGGGCCAGCAUGCAAUGCUUUAAAGGAGGUUUUGUCAGAGAGCCUCCACUCACUGGCUGUGACCCUUCCUAGAUUGCUGAGCUCUCAAGAUGACCAGGGAAAGUUGCAUACACUGGGUCUUUUAAUUGGAUACUUACAACUUCUUGGAUCCCAGCUGAUGUUCACUCUACAUUCACAGGCACACUUACAGCGUCUCUCCAGUGCACUUCUGCAAACACUGGAACUGGACUUUAGCUCUGUGAAAGUGGUGGAGGAACAUCUCCCUUCACCUUCUGUUCCUUUAGGGUAUAGUGACCCUGCACCUGACACAGUUCAGAAAAAAAGCUUCAGGUUCUUUAGAGACUCACGGGUGCUUUCCUUAAUCCAGAGUGUGUGUCGACUGCUGGGCUAUCAUGGAGAUUUGUGUCUUCUGAUAGACCACUUUCUGGGUCUCUAUCGAGCACACCGGCUGCCUGCUUUGAUAGUGUUGAAUCAGCUGGUGCUUGGAGCAGCUGGAAUUGAAGUAGAGAUAUUGCAUCUUGAAAGCUGUACACCAGAUAGUGUAGAGCUUUUGGAUGCUGUACGUUUACUCCUGGAAGAGUACACAGACCCUGCUAACUGGAAUCUUUAUACAUGCCAGGGAAGCGAUGAAUUGAGUGAUCAGUUAGCAUCGCUGCAGAUUGGAUCCACUAAAAAGUACUCCAUCAGUGAUUUAAGUGCCAAUGCCUGGAAGCUUAGUCUGCAGCUAGAGGGCAUCUCCUGCUUUGCCCAGGCACUGGGUCCAUCCUUCCGUCGACUCCUCAUUACUACUCUAUACCCAGUGUUGGAGAAAGCUGGAGACCCAUCAUUGUUAGUCAGCAGAACAGCAAUAUUAACACUGGAGGAUAUGAGCCUGGCUUGUAGAUACCAGGAUGUCAGGGACCUGAUUGAAGGCAAUGCAGACUACCUUGCAAGUGAGGUCUCUGUUGGGCUCCGACGACUUCAUCAGAUGCAUGGAGGAGCAGCCCGGGUCCUGCACUCUAUGCUAGAGAACUGUGGAUCAACUCUUUUAUCAUUGCUAGGAGAGCUUGUAGAGGAUAUGCUUUGUGCUCUAGACCAGUCACAGAAUGAAGGUGCCUGUAUCCUGUUCCCUGUGUUGAAAUCACUUGCUGUUCAUUUAGGAAAGUGGUUUCCCCCAACAAAUAAUCAUGUGACUCCAGAAUUAACUGAGGCUUCUGUUUGGGUCCCUGAGAAUUCUAAGAGUUUGGCACAAGAGAUACAGGAUUUUGUGAGGGAUCACAUAGAACAGCAGCGUAUAGCAAGUGGGGAUGUCCUGGAGGAGGAGGAAAACACAGAUGUGCCACCUCCCUCAGAACCUGUUGAUGAUGAGAAGAAGCCCCCAAUGCCAAUCCACAUCAAGAUUUCUAAGGAGGUAGCUGAGCGAUGCAUACACUUUUUGUCCCACAGUGAUGCAAAGAUUCGCCUACAGGCUCUAGAUACUCUGAGGCUGUCCUUGGUUAUCCUGCAGACUCAGCAAGAUGUACUAUUGCCGCUUGCUCACAGAAUCUGGCCCAGUCUAGUGAAGAGGCUGCUACAGGAUGGCCCGCUAGUCCUGCUUAGAGCCUUUCAGGUGCUGGAGUCUCUAGUUUCUUCAUGCAGAGAUUUCCUUCGCCAGCGUGUAUGUAAAGAUGCUCUCCCAGCUUUUUUGAACUCCUUACGCUCUCAAGCUCCUGUCAGCGCACGUGCUAGCCCCAUCUACAGCCACACUUUAGGCUUCAAAUUGCAGCUGGCCUUACUGGAAGGUUUAGGUACACUGUGUGUGGCACUAGGACUAGGAGAUGGUGACUUACUAGAGGUUCUUGACUCCUGCAUGCUAUAUCUGAGUGUGCGACAGCCAAGUAAACUUCAGGAAACAGCAUUCAGUGUCUUCCUUAGUGUGGCAAGGCUUGACCCAGACAUAGUAUGGCAUUAUCUGUGUGAAUGGCAGAGUCCACCAACCACACCUCAUCCUUCUCUUAUAACUUUGCCUUGGGCUGGAAAAACCAAUGAUGAGUAUACUCAAAAUGUCUGUAAAAUCCUACAGAAGCUUCCAUAAUAUGUCAUUAUCCUCAUCAAGCCAAGGAACUCCAGACUUGAACACCAUAAAAAACCUUCAAACCAUGUGAACACUGUGCUGCUGCCAUCCAUCAACGUGUGCAUUUCUCACCUGCUGGCAGAUGACUUGACUCAAUGUAACCUCUAUUUGUGACAAUUAUUGUAGCAUAGUAACUUCUUAGUAACAUAUUUAAGUUGUUCUACCUGAAGUAGAUUGGCAGCUUUGAACUCUGAAGCUGUCGUUUCAGCUCUGACUUGUUUAAGAAGUUUUCAGCAUAAGAUAUAUAUAUGUAAAUAUAUUUUAAUACUUAAAAUUAUCUUUUAAUAUGAAAUAAAUGUAUAUAAUUCA